AGUGGUGAAAGUCUGGAGAUGUGAUCUGUGGUUACUUCACAUUUUUCAUGAUCCUCCUUGAUUUUAACUGUGUAAUGAUAUUGGGAUAUCAGUUUGACGUCUUAUUCUUGAGGCUUAUGGAAAGGUUGAAAUCACAGAAGAAGGCAUUAAAUUACUUGAAAAAUUGACGAAAUCAUUGAAUUCUGCUAACACAACAAAUGGUGGAUGCCCCAUAGCUGAAAGUCCAAUGAAAGAAAACAUUUCAACGCCACAUGAUGGUAAAAGCAAUACAUCUAAGAAAAGGAAACGUGUAGCUACUCCUUCUCCUGAGAGAGUUAAACAACCCAGUCGAACUUCAUUAAAGGGAACGAAGCACAAUUGUGAAGGAGAUGAACAUUCUUCUCAAUCUGGUAUUACCGUUGGUACUUCUUCGUCAGUGCAUAUUCCUCCCUUUCAUACUGAACAGCCGAUAACAUCUGUAAAACAACCCACCAGUGUCAGGUUUCUCGAUGCUUUUGAAUAUGGGGAGGAAUGGCUUCCUGGCUUGUUGAAACCAACGAACUUGAAGAACUUCAUCAGAAAUGCUUUUCAUGGCUCACCACGCCAGGUUUCUGACCCAUAUUUAAUAUAAAGCGGCUUACUUAACAGUGGUGUUAGACAGAAUCCGAAUUUCGUUCUUUAUACUGUGGAGUGCAGCUGAUUUCAGAGUUAUGAAUUCUGCCUUGCCUUUACGAUUCUUGUUUUGAUAUCCUCGUCCAUACCUUCUACUAUAGUUGACACGAUGCUGCCUAGAUAAGUGAAAAAGAGGCCUCUUUCAAAUUUCUUCCGUUGACAGUGAUUGACGCUUGUUAUUAUUGUUGUUGGUUAUCGGGUAUUUUCAUCACUUCCAUUUUCUCUGUGCUCACUUAAAGUGUUGUCUCGUGAAUCUGAAUAGCUCAGUGGUAAUGUCUCUGACUGCAGCACUCCACUGAGCGACCUGGCUUGUUGAAGUCUCCCAGAGGGGACGUCGUUAGUUCUUUCAAGAUUCCAGAUGCGCCUUUCUGGCUGGCGUUAAUGCCAACAAGUAAGAAAGCUAGGUCCACACAGAGAUUCCUGCCUAUUACCUUCAACCAUGUAAACCAACAAUUCAAAGUGCGACAUAGUAGCUAGCCACCUAGUUUGAUGGAUGUCGAAGGCUGGAUUCAUGACGCUAAAUACCAUCUUGUGUCUAGUCGUAUUAUGUUGUGAAUGAUCUUACGUAAUCGAAAGAGCUGACAACUAAUUCGUUCAUAGUGAUGAAUAAUCAUUUGGAAAUGCUUAUUGAUAAAGAACAAGGAGGAACAAAUAGACUAAGAAUGGCCUCCAUGGAGUUUAUUAUAGAACAAAGUCGUACUGCUGGUGAAAAGUGGGAUGAGUAUGUAAUCAACAGCAAUCGGUGAGAUGUUUCCUCCACUCAUAUGACGAGGAUGUUGUAUCCCCAUUGUGACGAUGGGGGGGUCACUGGAUCAGAUUGGAAGAGAGAUAGCGAUGGCCAAACAAAAACAUGGCAUCAGUCCAUAAAAUCUUUCAAAGUUAGUUU